AUGACGACACAUUCCAUUUGGUGGAGGGGGACGGGAACUUCGUCAGUCAUUCAUACUAAUGAUGGUGUUGUUGUUGUUGUCGCUGCUGCUGCUGCUGCUGCUGUUGUUGUUGCUGAGGUUGAUGAUGAUGAUGUUGCUGAGGAUGAUGAUGAUGAUGAUGAUGACGACGACGAUGAUGAUGAUGAUGAUGAUGAUGAUGAUGAUGAUGAUGAUGAUGAUGAUGAUGAUGAUGAUGAUGAUGAUGAUGAUGAUGAUGAUGAUGAUGAUGAUGAUGAUGAUGAUGAUGAUGAUGAUGAUGAUGAUGAUGAUGAUGAUGACGAUGAUGAUGAUGAAUGA